AAUAUCAAAGCCAAAAAUAAAACGCGUUGCAAAAAAACUCAAGAAUUAUAAUGGAAUUAUCGCCCAUUAAUCAAAUUGAGGACAGAAAACCGACACUUACUGCCGACGGCUUGGUGCAAACAUCAAAUUCACCUUUUGAGCCCACAACAACAGUUUCACAAGAGACGCAAACAUCGAACGGCAUCGGAAUCGGCGGCCCGCUGACAGUCGACCAGCUUGACAUCGAGAUUUUGCCGAUCAUCUACGAUAUUGUGCGCUGCGUGGAAAAGGAUCCGCUCGAGAACGCAGUAAAGCUGCGCGAAUCCCAGGACUGCAAUCACAAGAUCUUUGAGCUACAUAAACGCUUUGAAUCGGCGCGAGAACAGAUAAAGCAACUGCCGGGCGUAGAUUACAACAAGGAGGAGCAACUCCAGCGCCUGGAACUGUUGCGUAGUCAACUGAAGCUGAAGCAGCAGCUGAUUAAGAAGUACAAGGAUACAGAGUUCUAGUUUAGAUCGAG